GAGAUAGAAAAUGACGAACAGUCUUUAAGCGCCCAAAACAUUCACAUAUACAAAUACUUUAAAAACAGUACGACGUUAGAAGACUGUAUAAUUACAUUUUACGAAAAUUUUCAAAAGAAGUUUAACAUUGAAGUACAAACUUUACAGCCUUUACGUGAGUUUCUUGCACAACUGAAAGAAGAAGGAAUUGUAGAAAGAUUAAUAGCUUUUCAUUACGAGUUUGUACCAAAUGAAGAUGGAACUCAUGACUGUCAAUUCAUUGUAUUCUCACCAUUCAAUGAAGUCGCUAAAGAGAAAGAAAAUCCAUUACGUAUAAGAUUUCAAAUCUCUGAACCAAGUGAUGAUUUCAAAAAUGUUUUCAAUUAUGAUGCAAUGCUUCCGAGGAAAAAUGAAUUUUCCGAAAUUAGAUUUCCAGGUAUUUGGGAUAGAAAGCAAGCUAUAUUAUAUUCAAACUUAAGUAAGGGAGUUGAAAAUGAGUUCAUUGGUCAUACAAGAACUUCACCACUUCCUAACCCUAAAUACUAUAAAUUAACUGGCUUCAAUCGUGAGUUUUGGAUAGACAUGUUCUCCACUCAUGACCAUAACUGCCCAGUGUUCUUACCUCCAGACCAUAAGGACUGUCUCUACAUUGAAGCACAACUCUUAAACUCUACCAUCGCAGUAUUGUAA